ACAUUCGUCCAUUUUCAAGCACAUUGAGCAAUCUCUUCUACAGUAUGCCGAGCCAAAACGCGCGCGCGGUUGCAUUACUCGUUUCUUUCAAGUGCGUUCAUUUACUCUCGCGCCCACAACCGAACAGCAGUCAGCCGUACUUCUCUGUGAAAACGAGCACUUUAAAGAAACCAAGUUAACUUGAUUCCACUACGAGGUCAUUUUUAGAAGUAUAUUUUAAGAUUUGUACAACGCAGAACGUUGCGAUAUAUUUUUCCUCGUGCCAUGAAGAACCCGUGGAUCUGCAUCUCUCUGGCUCUCUUGCAUUCUUCGCUUUACGCAUCCGAGUAUGAAUACAUGACCUGGAGAGCGGACACCGGGGUGCAAAUUUACGGCAAACCUCCGCAGUGCAUAGACAUUCCCGAGGACCUGAGGUUGUGUUUUAAUGUGGGCUACGACAAAAUGAUGCUUCCCAAUUUACUGGAGCACGAAACCAUUGCGGAGGUGAAGCAGCAAGCGGGCAGCUGGGUUCCUCUGGUGCACAAAGCCUGUCACCCUGGCACGCAACUGUUACUCUGCUCGCUCUUCGCUCCCGUGUGCCUUGAGAAACCCUUAUAUCCGUGCCGCUGGCUCUGCGAGGCUGUCCGGGACAGUUGCGCCCCUAUAAUGGAGGCAUAUGGGUUCCCUUGGCCCGAAAUGCUCACGUGCGACAAGUUUCCACAGGAUGACGUUUUGCCAUGCAUUGCCAUGAACGAGACCACCAGCAAUAGUAUGGCCAAACCCGCAGACCACCCUCCUGUGUGUCCACCAUGUGACAAUGAAAUGAAUACAGAUGUUAUUCUGGAACACAUGUGUGCCAGUGAAUUUGCGAUCAAGACGAAGAUUAAGGAGGUCAAAAUAGAGAACUUGGACCGAAAACUCAUCCUGCAGAAAAAGAGGAAGCCAUUGAAACUCGUAACCCUGAAAAAGCAGGACCUGAAAAAGCUUGUCCUUUAUCUGAAAAAUGGGGCAGACUGUCCUUGCCAACAACUUGAUAACUUGGGGAAAAACUUCUUAAUUAUGGGUCGCUUUGUGGGGAAACAGUAUAUUCUGACCAGCAUUCACAAGUGGGACAAAUCUAGCAAAGAAUUUAAUAAGACCCUUAAGAAACUUAAAAGCCAUAAAUGUGCAACACAUGAGACAGUUUUUAAGUAACUCACCCUUUUUUGAUCAACAAAUGAAUAUAGUGAUUUAAAUUGUACUCGCCAUUUUAAACCUUCCAAUAUAGCGAUCUAUUAUCUUUUGUAUUGUACAGUAUACAAAACAACACUGGUUAGAAGCCAUAUUCAAAUUUAUGAACAUUUCUACAUUUUAAGAUAUCAGUUAUUAUUGGACAUACCUAGAAAUGCACAGUUAUGCAUUCAAUUCAAGGUUUUCUUGAACAUUUGAACCAAUUCAAAUAAGCAACGAAAGUCAUUUACAUAUUUACAUUAUACAGCAAGUAGGGUACUUACUAUAAUUCAUCAUCAUACAUUCCAGGUCAAGGUCUAUUGUGUGAGUUGUGCAUUUGCAAACAUUUGUUGAUAUAUUUUGACACUUUCAUGUUGGAUUAAUAAUCUCUUUAAAAAAUCUGUUAUUUUACGUUUCAUAAUAUUCACAACACAGUUUGACAGUUUGUUUGUUUGGCAUGUUGGAUUAAUAAUCUCUUUUAAAAUCUGUUAUUUUACGUUUCAUAAUAUUCACAACACAGUUUGACAGUUUGUUUGUUUGGCUUGCAUGAGAUGUAAAUCUCAGUUGCUCUUGAAGUGGAAAGUGUUUGCAUGCCUGAUGAUUUGCAAUACACUGUAAUCAUAAAAUUAACAUUAAAACAGAACAUAUUUUUACUAUCUUUGACUGCAUUGGACUUUUAAUCAGAAUAGUUUAAACAUAAACAGUUUGUUGCAGAUGUGACAAGAGGGUGAAAGUGCAGAACACAAGGCAUAUGCUGUGUGAAAUCACUGCUUUGGAACUAAAAUAUGAUUCUGACAUUUUUGACACUUUGUGUGCUGAAUGUAAGCAAAUGUCUAGAAGUGUAAACAAAUGUUUACACUGCAGAUGUUUGUGUUGGAUGAGGAAUGUGAAGGUUUUCUCUCCUAGCUCACCUGAUAAAAACAAAUACGAAGCUUUUUUAAUGUGUGGAAAGAUGAGGGAAGUAAAUGAUAUGCUAAUCACAAGACCAACAAGAUGUUUGUGAAAAAUAUUUACGUAGCUGCUGACAACGUUUGAGCUAACUUGAAAGAUGCUGAAAUCGAACUGAUGAAUGAUGAACAAGAAUAAACUUUUUGUCUCCUGCUUGUUUUGGGGG